AUGUCGCCCGCGACCGUAACAAUCGACACGACGCCCGACUUCAGCAAUGGCGGCGCACCACACGCCACGCUCCUUCUGGCACCGCCUGCCAUGGCGGCGCAGCAGGACGCCAUGGCCGCCGCGCUGACGGACGCGGCCCCGCUCGGCAGCAGGCCGGAGCUCUACAUGCUGGACCGGCUCGCCGGGGGCCUGACGAACCUGGCGCCGGCCGCCUACGACCUCGUGCUCGUCCUCGCGUCCGGGCCGGACCCGCUGCUCUCGCGCCGCGAUGUGUUCGCGAAGAUCGCCGACGCCAUGAAACCCGGCGCCAAGCUACGCGCCCGCGACGGCUCGCCGCUCGAUGCCGCGGUCGCCAAGGAGGCCAUCCUGGCCGGGCUUGUCGAGAGCGCAGAGGGAGGCUACGAGAAGCCCGCCGAGGAGGAGGCGGCCGUGCCGCUGAGGUUCCUGAAGAAGAAGAACAAGGCCCCGUCGGCUGGCGAGGGUGGUCCUGUACAGAGCCCCGCCGUCGCUACACAAACGCCCGCGCCGGAGCCGGCUGCGGCUGCAAAAUCUCUACCAAACGGCGUGGUGAUGGUGGAUCUGAAUGACGACUUUGACGUGUCGGACGACGAGAUGAUCGACGAGGACGAACUGAUGACGGAGGAGGACUUGAUGCGACCAAUCCAACAACCCCCCGAGUGCGCCCCGAAGCCGGGAAAGAAGCGGCGCGCAUGCAAAGACUGUACAUGCGGCCUGGCCGAGCGCCUCGAGGCCCAAGACAAGGCGCGGCGCGACAAGGCCGACAAGCAGCUGCAGGAGAAAGCGGCGGCGCCCUUCAAGCUCGCGUCUGAGGACCUCAAUGAGCUCGACUUUACGGUGCAGGGCAAGACGGGCUCUUGCGGCAGCUGCGCUCUCGGCGACGCCUUCCGCUGUGCGGACUGUCCGUACAUCGGCCUCCCGGCGUUCAAACCCGGUGAGGAGGUGAAGAUACUCAACAACGUUGCGCAGCUGUGA